CAGAGGAGAGAGAGAGAGAGGAGGGGAGAGGCAGAGAGAGAUACCGGAGACCGUGAUGAGCUCAUUGCUCCGCUACAAGUCCACAACAUCCAGUCUCUCUCCUCGGCGUUCUCUCAAGGAUCCGUCGUCAGCUCGAGUCUGGAUGCGCCCGUGAGCUGCCCGCGUGUCCGUCGUGCGUCACGACGUCUCUCCGUUAGGAAGAUGCGCAGAGAUGCUUGAGCAGCAGUGACCGCACACGCCCAUCCCGCCUGGAUCAUCGGGCGUCCUCGCUACCCCCCCGCCUCCUCCGGAUCUGCGCAGACUCAAGACACCAACGUGCAGGGGCAGCGGCCGGAUCAGAGGUCGUCCCCAUGGCAUCGGACGCCACGGAAACCAAACAGGAAGCGGAGAUGGAGCCAACGGGCGAAGAAGCCCCUUCGAGUGGGAAGCGCCGCUUCCACUUCCGCCAACAGCUGAGGAGGCUCUUCAUGAGGGCCAAGAAGAAACCCAACACGCACAGCGGCUCCGUGACGCUGCUCAACGUCCCUGGCGCUGAUGACAACGCUGAUGACCGGCUGGGUGCACGCGCCAUGUCCCUGGACAGCGUCUUCCAGCCGGACGCGGCGUCCGCCGAUCCCGAGCGGCCGUCCCGCGUGCUGUCCCAGGACAACCUCGCCGGCCGCGUCAGCGCCUUCAAGAAUCAGCUGCUGCGGACGCUGCGCAUCGCCUCCCCGUCGCGACUCAUCCCCAAGCGGCGAGCGACACCAGAGGGAACGGCGGCGGCGUCGGCAUCCCCCGCGCGGUGGUCGCAGGGCUCCUUGAGAACAAAUGGGACGCAGUCCUUGCCGAGGGAGCAGGCGCUGGUACCUGAACUGGUGCUGGCGCCUGACCGGCCCCUGACUCCUGAACAGGGAGGCAGCAGCUGGUGCGCGCCGCUCAGCCUGGACGAGCGGCCCACGUUCACGGCGACGCUCGACAACACGGCCGCCAAGCACCGCAUGGCCGUGCGGCCCCGCAACCAGCGCACGGGCGCAAGGCCACGGCGCACAGCCGACGCGAGUGACGGCGACGGCGCUCUGUCUCCAGCGUCCUCCUUCGGAGAGAGCCCCUCCCUCGCCGGCCCCGGAGGCUCGGGCCAAUCGCCGAGCGAGAAGCAGCAACCCAAGCGGCCGGCGCUGGUCCCUCCCGGCGCCAAGCGAGCACCGCGCCCGCAGCGCGAGCCGGCACUGCGGGAAGAACCCGACGAGACGGCGAGCGCGGCUCGAUCCCCGGAGCCCCCCGAGUCUCCGGCGAACGACGGCGGCAACGCCGCCGUCGCGGCCCUGGAGUCCGGGCAGAGCUUCCGCCUCCCGCGCGUGCAGGUGAAGCCGGCGCCGGGCGCUUCCUCGUCCUCCUCCGCCGCCGCUGCCGCCGCCGCCUCCUCGUCCGACGACUCCGAAGCGGAGGGGGCGACCGACGAGCCGGCGACCUUCGACCCCAUACGGCUGCCGCGCCCCACGCUGCGGAGCCCCAGCGACGCGGCGCCGGUGGGCGCCGACGACGGCGCCGCGGCGGCGGACUGCCGCGGGAAGCUUCCUCACAGGAGCUCGUCGGAGAUCGGCGGCCGCUUGCCCUUCGCGACGGCGCGCAGCAAGUCGCUGCCUCGGGGAUCGGACCACCUUGUCGCGCAGGCGGCGCGUGCCGUCGCUUGCGACGCCGUGGACGCCGGCGAGGUCGAGGGGCGGGGCGGUACGCGGCAGGGGGGCGGCGGCGGCGUUUCCCAGAAAGUGGCGAAGCGCGGACGCGCGAGGACUCAGCGCCCCGUCUCGGCCGUGGAGCCGAUGAUCCGCGCCGCCUCCAUGCUCUCAGAGGCGGCGUCAGGCUGGCCGGACCUCGCCGCGGAUGGCAGGGACGGCACGCGCCCGUUCGGGGUCAAGUUGCGCCGCACGCCGCAGUCGCAGUCCUUCUGCCGGCAGCAGCAACAGCACCAGCAGCAGCAGCAGCAGCAGCUGCAGGACGGUGGCCGGCUCCGCGUGAGCAGCGAUGGCAUCAAGAGCCUCGGCACGGUGUCCGCCGUGAGGGAGGGCAGCGAGGCUGAGGAGGCGGCCGGCGACUCGGCGCGGUGCGCUGGAGGGAGCAGGACUCCGGGCGCCGCCGAUGUCAGGUCCAAUCCCGACGGGAGCAGCGACCCAUCCGGCUCGGACGACCACAGCCCCACGGACGGCUCCCCGCCGUGGCGCUCGCUGGCCGAGAGCAAGGCCCGCACGUGGUCCGACCUGGAGCAGCAGGAGACGAUCGCCAUCCUGUGACGACGUGGAGAAGAAGCGGCGAGGGUGGCGGCGGCGGUGCGGCGGAACGAGGCUCAUGGGACUCGGCCAGCUUUUUGUUGUUGUUGCCCCCCCCCUCCCCCCGACAGUCGCUCUGCUUGCGACCGACGGACCGACGGACGGACGGUGCUCGAUGUGGCACCCACGUAGCCAGCGCCAGCCCCGCGCCGGAGUCACAUUGAACGUCCGUGAGCUUUUUAGGCCCCUACGGCGAUGCCGCGCAUCUGUCCGCACCGCAGAUUCCCGUCGCGAAUCUUCGGUCGGAAUGGAUCGCCGUAUCCGGCGUCGCGGGAAUCUCCUGGCACCACCGGAGUUUCCCCGCUCCGGCCGCCGAGCCGGGGAUGCCCGGCAACUUGAGGCCCGUCGGCCCCAAAGGUCUCUGCCCCCCUCCCCCGACCCGAGUCGUUUACGCUCUCAGUUUCAUUUUAUUUUUCACUGGCCGGAGCAAUUACCCGCCUUGUUAAACUGGGAAAUAAGAAAAGUCAACAGCAGGAAAGGCAAACAGCGACGGGUGUUUGCUCGGCAUGCAGGUGGGCCGCAUGCAUGCGGCCCUCGUGCGCUAUUUUAAGACGUCGCGGGCGGUUUCCUUUGCUCGAGUCCGUCGCUCGACUGCUUAAAAAUUUAUCGAGCCCCCCCCCGCACGCCACCCCCCCCCCGCACCCCACCGCGUUUUUGAAUGACCCCCGGGGCUACACAGUCGCCCGCAUCCCUCCGCACGAAUGCUUUUGCAUUUUUAAUUCUUGUUGUUUUUGCCGCUGCUGUUGCGCUCAUUUUAUUGUUUUUUUUUAAACGGAUACGCGCGGACGAUGUCGAAGUUGGUGAAGUAAAUAGCCUAGGGGGCGGGGGUGGGGGGGCCGAGAGGGGGGGGGUGAAAGCUUGGCGUAGAGGGCAGAGCGGCUUAUAGCCGCCGGCCCCUCUGCUACCCGAGUGGUUCCAUGACUGUAGACGCUCCGUCACCUUGCUCAAGCCUGCCGAAGAGACCUGGCAAGGGGCCUGAGAGGGUCAUUCGUAAACGGCCAAUUUGGUGUCUUGGCGAUGAUGACGAGACCACUGCCGCGUCUGAUGCCCCCUGCUGUCCGGAGUCCCCUUCCUCCGGCCGUUCACGCGGCAGAGCUCACGAGACCACGGCUCAAGACUCGUCUCUUUUGCCGACGACUUAACUCGGCACGCCCAGUGUCCAUCUCGCUACGGCUGUGGCGACUACUUAGUCGCGUGCCACUCACCGGUCUACCGGCGACCCACGAAAUAUUCACUGAAUAAUCAAGCCCUGACCGUCUCUCUCCCUCCCUCUGUGUGACGUCUGCUCGUUCACACUUCAACCGUAACAUCGUCUCAACGCUCCCUCUCCCCUCUCUCCUCUCUCUCUCUCUCCCUGCGGCCUGCAAAGUUCCCGUAGACACUUCACCGUCGCCGCAUCGUGAACGGGCCUCCCCCCCCCCUCCCCUCCGGCGCUGAUAACGACGAGGGUGGCUUGGUGGGGGGCGACCGAUGGAGUUUGGCGGAGUUCCGCUCACCGUACGGGUGAAGCAAGUGCCUUUGUACAGAAACCGCGUCUCUCCCACGGGGCGUGGCAGUUUCGCUCGCGGCCACGCUUUGCGCGCGUCCGUACGUGUGCGUAGGUGCCCGUGUACAUAACACGUGAGACGAGGAACGGUCAAAAAGUUUUGAGAACGGUGUGUGUGUAUAUAUAUUUUUUUACAAUUUUUACAGUCGCGCUUUUGAUUGCACUUGUUUUUCUAUGAUGGCGUCACUAUGGUUACGAUUGCAUUGAGGAAAAAAUAUAUAUAUGUGUACACUUUGGCUUGAACCGUAAACGCUACCGUCGGAUCGCUGUGACUUUUUCGCGAAACUUUUUGGCUGUCCGUCUACUUUUAGGUUUUUUUUUGCCCGCGGUUCGUUUUGGACCAAUGAAUGUCGCUGUCGCUCACAACCGGCGGUCGGUCGGUCCGUCCGUCAAUUGCUCGGUCGGUCCGGUCAAUUGCUCGUUCGGUCCCACCACUGCAUGUAGCUAUAACGGCCACCUCGCUUUGCACAACGCGGCUCCAACCCGCUCGCUCAACCCGUGUACGCACGCCGCUGUAGCCGCGGCCGUUACCGCGGCUGCCCCUGUCGGGCUGUCCGAGUUGGGAUCCCCCUCGUCGUGUUCCCGUCCCUGCUUCAUGUGCCUUACCUGGCGGCGAGACAAACCACACCUGCUGUCGAUUUAAAAUAAUCGUGGAGCACACGACGUGCGUGGCGGCACCUACGAGGGUGGUGUCGCCUUCCCGCACGCCUCCACCCUCCCGCUCGCUUGCACUUCUACUUCCGUAGGGCAGCGUGGAAACGCACCGGCGUUGAAUCGCGUUUGAACUUUUUUUUCUUCCACCGAUCCGAGGGGGCAGCAGCAGCAACAUCAUCAGCAACAUCAUCAGCAUCAUCAUCAGCAGCAAGCAGCAGCUGGCGCCCUGUGGAUGGCGUCGUCGGCGAUGCCGUUCAUUGGUUUGGACUUUGAUGUUCCAUUCGUUGAAGGCGCACGCGCAACUCCCACGCCGCGCGCGAGCGCCUGCCUCCCCUCACACGUUGCCUGCCAGCAUCCUGCACUCCGGCGUACCCACGUAGCCAUGGACCCGUCUGUGCGCACGUGAACCUGCACCCCGAACUCGCCGUUGGAGCCGUUGUUAUUUCUGCGCUUGUUUACCCAGGGAAGCCUCGCUGAGUUUCGUGAAUCCUUAUCAUGAGGGUCCUGUCAAGUCUUUUGUCAGUAGGGGUGCGAUGGUUGCUCUCACGCGAGUAAUUUGUGGGUAAUUUGACAAAUCUGGACCAUGAGGCCGGCACGCAAUGGCCUCCUCUUGCGAAUGACGUCACUGUGAAGCUGACGGCGCGUGGCUAAAUACGCCCGCGGUGAGAACCGGGGCAGCCGCUGGAUCCGAACCGCGAACGUCGUGACCGCUCGGCCACGCCGCCGCCAGUACACCGCCCCAUCUGCAUUUUGCAUUUGUCUAAACCCUCCUGGACCUACCUGUACUCACCUGUACUUACCUGGACCCACCUGGACCCUUUCAACCACUCGCCCAUACCCGGCCGCACCAUGGGUGCUCCUUGCCGAUGUUCCCAGCUCCGCUGCCGCCCGCCAGCCCCCUGUACCCGUGGCGAGCGCGUUGCACGCGCGCUUACCUGCCCGCCUACCUGCUCGCCUAACUGCGCGACUAACUGCGCUUGCCGCCCGCACUCAUUUCACGCGGUGGACCCGAACGUAUUUACCUGUAUCGAGUUGAACCGAAAUCGCCACUAUUUUAUGCAAAAGUCAUAAACGUGUUCGUUCCUCGCCAGAGUUUCCACGCGCGUCGUUUCUGUCCCACGGGUGCGUGCGUGCGUGAAACAUUGACAGCGCAAGGCUUUUGUUGUUGUUGUUGCUUACCCAUGUGUUUCAUUUUCUAUUGAGGCGGGAUUUGUGUAACCCAAUUUAGAGAUCGUCACGUUGAAACUUCAGACAACAACAAAAUACCUGGGCUUCGGCUUAGUUGUCCUUCCCCUGCACCUCCGAUUAGCACCGUCGGAUACGUACGGUGCGAAAGAAGUUCUACAUACAUACAAGCGGCCAGGACAUCUCGUUUGCAAGAGUGACCGGAGGAAACACGUGAUGACGACGACGAUGGGCAUGGCUGGUGGCCGAGACUAAUGACUGUGUAGCAGUCAAAGCAGGGAAACGCGCCGGCCGGGAGGACGUCUGCUUGCGGAGAUGGAGCGACGAAACGAGCUUGUGUGCAGGAGUGAGUUGGGAUCGUUACAUGGUGGAGCACUGGGGGGGUGGCGAUGGCGUGUGCAGGCCUUAAUCCAGCAGUGGAUUAAACAUUCUAGAAUAAAUGCAUUUAGGAAACAGUGAAAAGUUGUUUUUUUAUUCAGAUUUAAAGUGGAGUAACUGAUCAUGUUCCGAUAGUAACGCAGUGUACGAGUAUAAAACCCUUUUACAUUGGCACGAAAUGUAUUUUACACAAGUGAGCAAUAUGUACAUACAGCAUCAUUUCAUUACAACCACAUUUACAGUGCAAUUUACAUUUGUAUAACAGCGUCUAAAGCCACCGCAUCUCCAGACACUGCACAGGAAAAAUAAAAACACGUGAUAGAUAUGGCACGUGACAACAAAUGGGGGUCUUAAGUGGUCUUGACUUGAAACAGCAGGGCGACAGAAUCCCAACCGCUCGCCCAUCAAGAGGAAAGGGAUGCCAGACGAUGGUGGCAGACGAGCACAAGCCGAGGGAUGACCUCAAGGGACGAUCGGUGACUUUGUCGAAGCACAGCUGUCAACCCAUUACGGUUUACCCCGUAUUCUUGUUCAGGGAAAUUGAGUUUUCAUGCCCAUACCGCGUACAGCCGUUUCAAUACUGGCAAACAAACAGGUGUAUUUGGUUGUGUUUCUCCCUUGUGAUGGGACUUUGUAGGGUGAACGUUGAGAUGUUUAAGGGUAC